UGCCAACAUCCCUUUUUUCCUUCUGGUCUAGACUGGGAUGUCCAAACCCUGUGGGUUCUUCUGUGUUGGAACUGUUGCCAUGGAGACCUCCUGAGAUGCUGCAUUUACCGCCGGCCUCCAAUUUAACUUCAGGAUAGAGGCCGCCUCUGGAUCCCACACCCUAUGGGCCCACGGGCUGGUUUUUCUGGUUUGCUCCUCCAGGGCCAGGUGCAUAUUUCUCCAAAGAACCUUCCAGAAGCUGUAGAGCCUGUUUGCAGAAGGUAGUAGGGAGGCCUGCAGUUGUUUCCUGAAAUCUGGAGUUGGAAAUGGCCACACAGGACAGAUCAAGCCAGAAGCUGCCUCAGGCAGCCAAGCCGGCUGCGGAGGGGGAGCCGCACCUGCCCAUGGGCCGGGAGCUGACCGAGGCCCACCGCUUCGCCUACGCCGCCCUGUGUGGCGUCUCCCUGGCCCAGCUGUUCCCAGAACCUGAGCAGAGACCCUUCUGCAUGGAGUUCGUGGCUGGCCUGGUGAAGUGGCUGGAUUUGUCCGAAGCCGUCUUGCCAACCAUGACUGCUUUUGCCAGUGGCCUGGGAGGCGAAGGAGCAGACAUGUUUGCUCAGAUUUUAUCGAAGGACCCCAUCUUGAAGGACGACCCCCUGGUGAUCACUCAGGACCUUCUGAGCUUCUCACUCAAGGAUGGACGCUAUGAUGCGCGGGCACGAGUCCUCGUUUGCCACGUGACCUCCCUCCUCCGAGUGCCCUUGGAGGAGCUGGAUCUCCUGGAAGAGACAUUCCUUGAGAGCCUGAAGGAAAGCAAAGAGGAGGAAUCUGAAAUGGCCGAGGCAUCCCGGAAGAAGAAAGAGAACCGGAGAAAGUGGAAGCGUUAUCUCCUGAUAGGUCUGGCGACCGUCGGAGGCGGGACAGUGAUCGGUGUGACUGGGGGUCUAGCUGCCCCUCUUGUUGCUGCUGGAGCCGCGACAAUCAUUGGCAGUGCCGGGGCGGCAGCUCUGGGCUCAGUGGCCGGCAUAGCUGUCAUGACCUCGCUGUUCGGUGCCGCUGGAGCGGGCCUGACAGGGUACAAGAUGAAGAAGCGUGUCGGGGCCAUUGAAGAGUUCACAUUUCUGCCGCUGUCAGAAGGCAGGCAGCUGCACAUCACCAUCGCCAUCACCGGGUGGCUGGCAUCUGGCAAAUACCGCACCUUCAGCGCCCCAUGGGCUGCCCUGGCCCGUAGCCGCGAGCAGUACUGCCUGGCCUGGGAGGCCAAGUACCUGAUGGAGCUCGGCAACGCCCUGGAGACCAUCCUCAGUGGUCUUGCCAACAUGGUGGCCCAGGAGGCCCUAAAGUACACGGUGUUGUCCGGCAUUGUGGCUGCCCUGACGUGGCCAGCCUCCCUCCUCUCGGUCGCCAAUGUCAUCGACAAUCCCUGGGGCGUGUGUCUGCAUCGAUCAGCAGAGGUUGGCAAGCACCUGGCCCACAUCCUGCUCUCCCGGCAGCAGGGCCGGCGGCCUGUCACCUUGAUCGGCUUCAGCCUGGGAGCCAGAGUCAUCUACUUCUGUCUGCAGGAGAUGGCGCAGGAGAAAGAUUGCCAAGGGAUCAUCGAGGACGUCGUCCUGCUGGGGGCACCCGUGGAAGGAGAAGCCAAGCACUGGGAGCCUUUCCGGAAGGUGGUGUCUGGAAGGAUCAUCAAUGGCUACUGCAGAGGGGACUGGCUGCUGAGCUUCGUGUACCGCACGUCCUCUGUGCAGCUCCGCGUCGCCGGCCUGCAGCCCGUGCUGCUGCAGGACAGGAGGGUGGAGAACGUGGACCUGACCUCCGUGGUCAGCGGCCACUUGGACUACGCCAAGCAGAUGGACAUUAUCCUGAAGGCCGUGGGCAUCCGCACCAAGCCCAGCUGGGAUGGGAAAGGGCUCUCGCUGGCUCCAGGCAGCCUGCCCCAUGAGGAGCCUCACCAGGCAGCAGCCACCUCAUCAGAUAAGACCACCAACCAGGAUGGGCAAACCCAGGGUCCCGCACCCAGAGACACCCCCAAAGCAGCCGCAUCCCCUGACCCCAGCCAACCCCAAGUGCCAACGGGGCUGGAUCAGUCCGAAGGCGCCUCCCUUCCUGCUGCUGCCAGCCCUGCUAAGAGCUCCCAUAUCUGCAGCCAUGGCAUGGGUCCCAACCCACUGGGCUGCCCCAACUGUACCAGUGAGACCCGGGAGCCCUGCCCAGGGCUGGACUGACCCCAGAAGAGUCACUUUCCCAGACUUCCAUGUGCAGCACUCUCUUGCCCCUCUCCACCAGGUUCCUCACAUGAGCUCUGGAGGUGCAGGAUUUCUACCAGUGCCUUUCCUAAAUUGAAGACAUUGGUAUCAGAAGGAAGAGAGGGUUGUAAGGAAACACCGUUCCCUCUCUGAGGAGGCAAGGCCAGAGCCCUGCAGAGUCAACCAAGCACAGCAUAGCAUCCCAGGUCUAACCAGCUGUGGGCCUCCUGUGCUUUGGGUUGGAGCCAUGGGGUCUGGUUGCCCAGGGGGCUCUCUGGAAUCCGGGGCUCCUAUCCUGCCAUGCUCCCCAGCCUCAGAAGCCUGGUGUCUGCCUGCUCUUCCAUCCACUCUCCAGAGCUGCCCACCAGCCCACGGAGCAGGUACAGAUUGGGAGCAGACAGCUUUUUCUCUCCACUCUUGAGAGAUCCAAUGAGAUCUGCCACGUGCAGCCAUGCUGGCAGGCUCUGCUCAACCACAGGGGCAUCCAUCAGAAGACGUGAUGUGAAGGGCGCCCUGCAAAGUUAUGCCACCUGGUGGCCCUGGAUAUCAUUGUUGUAGAGCAAGGUGAAAAAAUGCUGGAGCAGCAUGCAGUAUGGACGGGGAACUGGGCCUAGUGAAAUAUACGGGGGAAGGAUUUCCUAUCGCAGGAACAAAGGUGAUGAUGAUUUUAAUAAUAAAUAGUCAUAAUAGCCACCA